CCCUAUCGAAUACAGAGCAGUCGGCGCAAACUCUCGUGAGAUCUUCUCUCCGCCUCUCCGCUUCCAAAAUCGGCUGGUGUCAGCUCGCAAGGACUCAGCUGUAACCUUGUAUCUCGAGGCUUUCAGUCUUUUACCUCAGUGGACUGUUCCACACAAAGGACGCAGCUUUCAGGAUUGCAAUUGGCUAGAGGCAGCAAAACACUGAAUCAUGGGGAAUAUUUUUGGCAAUCUGCUGAAGAGUCUGAUAGGAAAGAAGGAGAUGAGAAUUCUGAUGGUUGGACUUGAUGCUGCUGGGAAAACCACCAUCCUUUACAAACUGAAGCUAGGAGAGAUCGUCACCACCAUCCCAACCAUCGGCUUUAAUGUGGAGACAGUGGAGUACAAGAACAUCAGCUUCACUGUGUGGGAUGUUGGCGGUCAGGAUAAAAUCAGGCCGCUCUGGAGACACUACUUUCAAAACACACAGGGUCUGAUCUUCGUGGUGGACAGCAAUGACCGGGAGCGGGUGAACGAGGCUCGAGAGGAGUUGAUGAGGAUGCUCGCAGAAGACGAACUGCGUGACGCUGUUCUUCUCGUCUUCGCAAACAAACAGGAUCUGCCAAACGCUAUGAACGCAGCCGAGAUCACAGAUAAACUGGGCCUUCACUCGCUCCGCCAUCGUAACUGGUAUAUACAGGCGACUUGCGCGACCAGCGGCGACGGCCUGUACGAGGGACUCGACUGGCUCGCCAACCAGCUCAAGAACAAGAAGUGAGGCCGGGUUUUCAUUAUGCGGCGCUUUGGGAACGGGUGGGAUUAAUUUGGCCUUUGGAAUCGUUACGUUUGUUCUUUUGCUUUGGAUUAUUUUGUGUCAGAUUCUGGAAAACACAGUGUGUGCGGUUUAUAGAGCCUUAAAUGCUCUGUGUAAAUCAUCUGUACGUUUGUAUCUACACACACACA